UAUUGUCUACUAGCAACAGCGGCGCCACGGCGGAGAGCAGCGCACCUGGACAUAACCGCCAGCGGACGCGCGCGCCCUGACGCGCAUUCACGCGCAUGUUGACGGACACGCGCUUCCUCAUGACAUGUCAUGGCCUGAUAUUCCGAGAUCAUUGGACUUGAAAUGAACGGAAAGGGAGAUUCCUGCGCUGUCAGUGUGCUGCGGACUCGUCCUCAGCGCUGCGGGAUUUCUCAUCGUUUCUGUCGUGAUUUUGCUCAAACUGUCCUGUCAGUCACUUGACGAGGGCGUGCGUUGGUGUUUCUGCUCCGUUACAUCUCCACUGGCCUUCCGUCUCUGAGUUAUUUCCUAUUUAUAAGGCAGGGAGGUGAAUUCUGUCCGACUCCAUGAUCCGACCGAGAGAACGGGCUCUCAUGUCUCCCGGAUCCAGCUGCUGCUCCAGACAGACUUGACAACCCGGAUUAUUAUUAUUAUUUUAUUUUUUUUAAUUAUUAUUAUUCACUCUGAUCAAUCUGUCAUUGUUUUUUUUUUUUUCGGUAGAAAAAUCCCCCUCGUUCGAGGGGCGACUCGACCCCUUUUAUUUCGGUCGCAUCCCCAUCCCCUGUUCCCACCCCCGGUUUUUCCCAGCGCCCCAUUUUCAUAUGGGGGGUAAGCAGAGCACGGCGGCCCGCCCGCGGCCCCCGUUUCCCGGUGUGUCCACAGACGACAGCGCGGUGCCGCCAUCGGCCCACUUCAGCCACUUCCGGACGGCGGGGACGAUGGGUCUCCGCAGCCGCUCGGUGAGCUCCGUGGCCGGUAUGGGCAUGGAACAUAACGGCGCCGUGCCUUUCGGGUUUUACACCACUACUACCACUACUACUACCGCAGGCACACAGGCCGCCCCGCCCAGAGCCACAGAACCGGACCGGGCCGCGGCAGGACAGGGCUCCGGCUCGGGUUCGGACUCGGUGCGCGCUCACGGCUACCGUGAAACAGGCGGGGACGGGCGGCACGCGGACGGUGUGCUGUAUCUGGGCUCGCGGGGAUCACUGGCGGACACUCUGCCUCUGCACAUCGCGCCCCGCUGGUUCAGCGCACACAGCGGCUUCAAGUGUCCUGUUUGCUCCAAGUCGGUGGCAUCCAAUGAAAUGGAGGUUCACUUCAUCAUGUGUCUCAGUAAGCCCCGCCUCUCCUACAAUGAUGACGUGCUGGCAAGAGACGCAGGCGAGUGUGUGAUCUGCCUGGAGGAGCUGCAACAAGGAGACACCAUUGCCAGACUGCCGUGCCUCUGCAUCUAUCACAAAAGCUGUAUAGACACAUGGUUUGAGAUCAACCGCUCUUGCCCAGAGCAUCCUUCUGACUGACCUCCAUUCCCUCUUACUACUGCUGAGAAAGGGCACUUUAUGGACCUACACCUGGCUAUCUGGACACUGAUGUAACCAAAUAAAACAAUCAGUCCUAUUUAUUCGAUCAGAUUGGAUCAAACCUGCGGCAAUGGCGACACGGAAACCAAAUAUGAGAACAGAACACACGGUCGAGUGUUACUUUCACACGUAUCCCACAAUCCCCUUUGCCUGCUAUACUAGCUAGCAACUGUGCUACGCGCAAACUGCCCCUCAUUUUAGUGACCGACGCUGGAUCUUUGUCCCCUGGAGUCUCGGGUCUUCAGGGCUCUCCCAUGUUUCUCUGACCUACCUGUCCAACAGGAAGAUGGCUAAAGGGCUCACAGCUGGAGGAGGGGGCAGGGCCAGAUUGGGGGGGGGGGGGGGGGGGAAUCAGAUGGGUGUGCCAGUUGUGCAAUAUGUUGAUUAGAUGGGUGUUGCUUGUGCUUCAUGUUGUCCUUAUUUGGAAAUGGGGUGGGGUUAGGUGUAGAGGCAUAGCUGGGUUGGAAUUCGUGUGGGUGUGUUCUGUGCGCCAAACCAGGGUGUGUGUGUGUGGGUGUGUGUGUGUGUGUGUAGAUUAUUUUGCUGCACUAUGAAGGGUUCAGUCUGGGGGGGGGGCGGGGUGGCAGCAUUGGGAAUUGAAAUUUCCCUCACUGAGUCACAUUGGCCCGUUUACUGAUUUUUCAUUGACGUUUUCAAUUUACAGUGUCACUCCAAUUCCCCCGUAAGGGCGUGUGUGUUUGUGUGCGUGUGUGUGUAUGUAUGUAUGUAUGUAUAUGUGUGCUUGUACACAUUUAGAAAGCUGCUUAACGUCUGGAUUUGGACCCACAGACAGACUGGUGUGAAACUGUUGCGAGAUACGAUCUUCCUCUUUUUUUUUCUCUUUACAAUCCUGUGAGAAAACUCACAAAAAAAAAACAAAAAUGAACUCUUGAAGCUCCUGGAUGCCUCUGCUGUAUAAAGAACAUCCGCUGUUAGAAAAUGUGAGAAUUGUAAGAAAAAAAAAAAAUCUGCAAGGGAAAUACGAUGGACAGAAACAGCCUGAAAAGGACUGAAGGGUAAGGGGUGGGGCUAUGCAAACUGACCAAUCACAGGCAGUCCUGACCCUGCUGUUGUGAUGAGGUGGGUGUUGCUUGUGCUUCAUGUUCCCUUCAUUGGGAAAUAGAGGUGUGGGGUGAGGAUGGAAAUGAUCGCAAAGCGAACUAGAAGGCAGGAAACGCGUAGUUGGUGACCAUGGAGCGUCGCUAAGGGACGCUUUCGUUUCCUGCUUUCUUUCCUUUCAUGUUUUUUUUUCUUUUGUUUUUUUUAUGGUAAUACAUUUCUGAAGAUGUGAAUGGACGCCUGUUUUUAGGAUGUACAAACUUAAUUGUCUGAUGACCUUGAUGUGCAGUCUGUGGGCUGAGUAAUACUGAUAAUGAUAUAUCUAAUUAAAAAAAAUGAAAUAAUGGACUUUA